UGAUUACUUUAGGAGGGACAAUGCAGUCUCCAGGACCUCUGAGAGAUGCUGAUGACAACUGGGAUAUCAACAGUACCACUAGUGAAGAUAUCGGCUACUAUGGAGGGAAGAAACCUUUGGAUAUGAAAAGAAUGCCAAUAAAAGGUCGAGGUGGUAUGAACGUCAGUAAACGCAGCCGUGCUUCUAACAUUAUUCCUGAACUAGCUGAGGAUUCUAUGUACGGAUAUGUUCUGAGCGGUAGAGCAGCUCUCCAAGUUGUAGUGGACGAGUGGAUUGAUGAGUACAAGAAGGACAGAGAGAAGGCUGUAGUGGAUCUCAUUCAGUUCUUUGUGCAAUGUUGCGGUUGUAAAGGUAAACUGAGUCAGAUCAUGUUUGCAAAUCAAGAUAAAGUUAAGAGUAUCAGAAAGUUAACAGAAUCUUUCGACGAGGAGUCAGGAGAAUACCCCCUUAUUCAGGGUGGUCCGCUGUUUAAGAAGUUUAAGAGUAAUCUGCUUGAGUUCAUAGAGCGACUGAUAAGAGGAUGUAAACACAACAUUAUAUACGAUGAGUAUAUGAUGGAUAAUGUUAUUAGCUGGCUCCUUGCCCUCAGUGACUCUCAGGUGCGAGCGUUCAGGCACACCUGCACCCUGAUAGGCAUGACACUGGUCACCUCACUUAUUGACAUAGCUAAAAUGGUUCAAAUGGACUUGGAGAACACAGAACGUCAGUUAGAGACAGAGCUGAAGAAAGGUCAAGCUAAGCGGGCAUUCGCAAAGGUUGAGAGGUUACAAAGCAAACAGAAAGAACUGAGGUCACAUCUUGACGGGUUCCUGACGGACUUCAUGAGUCAAAUAUUCAGUGGUUUGUUUGUUCACAGAUACAGGGAUUGCAGAGCAGAGAUCAGGUCUAUUUGCAUCCAGGAACUCGGACAUUGGAUGAAGCACCUUCCUUCUCACUUCCUGAAAGAUCAGUACCUGAAAUACGUGGGCUGGACACUUCACGACAGACACGCUGAAGUCAGGCUGAAGUCCGUCCUGGCUCUCCAGGGACUCUACAUGAUAGAAGACUUCGCUCAGCAGCUGGAACUUUUCACUGCAAGGUUCAAGAACAGGAUAGUUGAGAUGGUACACGAUAAGGAGGAAAACGUGGCGGUUCAAGCUGUUAAACUUAUCAGCUUCAUGUUGAACAGUUUCGAUGUGCUGGAGAACGCUGAUUGUGAGGUUGUGUAUCAGCUGGUAUUUGCUAAUAACCGGAACAUUUCACACGCUGCCGGAGAGUUCCUACACAAGAAGCUGCUCACUGAGGAUUUGGAGGAAGUGCUAAAAGAACACAGAGCUCAGCGCCACACCAGGAAGAUUAGGGAACCUCAUAUCAUUCUCAAGGAACUUCUCAGAUUCUUUUUAGAAAACGAGGUGAGUGAGCACGGAGCGUACAUGGUAGAUAGUCUGUGGGAGACAGUGGAGGUACUUAGAGACUGGAAGAGUAUGACAGAACUACUGCUCUCUGAUGAACUGGGUGAGCUCGCACUUAAUGACGAAGAAGAAGGAGCACUGAUAGAGAUAAUGACAUGUGCGAUAAAGCGUGCAGCUGGUGAAGACCCGCCCCCGGGACGAGGAAAACCCCGCCAGAGAGAGUUGAACACCAAAGAGAGGAGACAGCUGGAAGCAGACAGAAACUCACUGACAAAACAUUUCAUUGCGGAGUUACCUGAGCUGCUGAGCAAGUUCAGUACUGACGAACAGAAGAUUGUCAGUCUAGUCGAGAUCCCUCAAUACUUCCAUGUAAUGUAUGUAGAACAUCGUCUGAACAAAUUCCUGGAGCUGCUCCUGAAGUACAUGCACGACAUUGUGGGUAAACACUCUGACGCGGACGUGCUGCGCAACUGUGCCUUUACAUACCGCUACUUCAUCAACAACGAGCUGUCCAUACAAACCACCGCUGCAGUUGCUUUCCGGCAGCUUAUUGAUGAGCUGGUCAGCAGCUUCCACUCCCUUAUCACUGAUGGGCUAGAAUCAGAGAACGAACAAGGAGAGUUCAAGUUGUUGGUGGCAAUGAAGAGAUUGUACGCGUUCUACCAGGCUCACGACAUCACUGAUCUAGCUGAUAUUGAGAAGGACGUAUCCGCCAUCAUCACCAAAGCCAACCAGCAGCAGAUAAACGACGAUAUCACAGCAACAGCCGUCAUGUUAAUGCAAGUCAUCCUAUCCUGGGCCCUCUACAGGACAAACCCCAGUGAGCCUAGCAAGGCGGAGCUGAAGAAACUUAGGAAGUCAGUCGUUCAGCUGAUUCAGCAGUGUGAUGAGCUGAUUCAGUUCGGUGUGGCUGGAGUGCAGAAGGAGGCUUUUAUCACGGUGUGUGAUAUGCUGAUUAUAUUUGCUCCACAACUCAAACAAAACCCUAACUACAGUUCUCUGAUUGUAGUACCCGAUAAAUCAGUUCAAAUCAGGUUGAGGGAUUACGUCAUGACAACUGUAUUCGCUGAAGAAGAACCCCCUCAGUUCCAGGACGACGAGGAUGAAGAAGCUAAGACAGAAGUAUUGAUCGAAAAACGUCGUGUAUUAGCCUCCUUCGGAAAACUCAUCGCCUUCAACAUCAUAGAAAUGAGACUCGCAGCCCCCAUCUUUGCUCAAUACGUAAAAUCAUACCAAGACUACGGAGAUAUUGUAAAACAGAUGAUGUCCAAGGCUCGAGAGCUGAACCGAACCAAAUGUAUGAGGACACAGCUGCUGAGUUUGGAGCAGUUGUUCGAGGAGUUGAGAGAUCAGAACGAAGGCAGGAUAGACAGAUCAUCAGAGGAAUGGACCAAGAUCAAGGAUCUGGCUCAUAGGUUCGCCCUUAUGGCUGGUGUGGAUAACUACAAGUCAAGACAGGCAGUGGUCACGUUCCAUAGAGAGGGUAUUAUUUACUGUCUGUUGCGUAAUGGUCCACCAGAUGGCAGUCCUCCGUCCAACAUUGUCUUCUUCGAUAUCCUAGCUGAAACAACCUUCAAACUAAUGGAUAUCGACAAGAAGGGACCUAAAGGAUUGCUGGCAUUCUUGGAGGAGCAGCUUAUGAAGGAGGGAGAAAUUCCAGAGGAUGAGAUAGAAUGGGGACCGCUCCGAACAUACCGCACAGCACUUGUCGGUAGUAUGUCAGAACCGUACAUGUACUACGGAACUGGAAAACGCAAGAUGAUGGGCAGUCCUAUGAGAGUCAUGGAGGUGAAGAGACCGAGGGAGGACUAUGUAAUUGACAAUUGGCAAUCAGCCAGUGGAUCUGGAAACUAUGUUCAAUAGUUAACAUUUAGACAUUCUGUAAAUUUCGAGUGAUAGAGUACUGUUGAUCGAGAGUACUUUGUUCAGAGUUGUUUCCAUAAAACGUUACGAAAUGUG